GCACACUGUUGGGAAUUCCUCCUCAAAAGGAUGAGGGCAACUCAAAGUUGAAAAUUUAUCCAAUCUUGCAGAAGGUAUGCUCAUGCUUGUUUUGAAUCUGUAAAUUCUGCAUUCUGCUCUACGUCCUACACCCUCAAACUGUUCAUCCCAGUGAAAUAUUUGCUAAAGUAAUACUGGUAUAUAAAUCAAUAUGUCAGUGGAGCACAAGAAUCGUCUUGGUUGCCAUAGUAUGCAUUUUUCACUUUUCAGGUCUGUCCCUAAAUUCCUUAUUCAAUUUAUCCUAUCUCAUAAUUUCAUUAAGCCCUAAAUCCCUAUGUUUUUCUUACUCUGUAAUUUUAUUGUUGAAUUUUCCAUAUUUGAAAGUUUUGAAUUUGAAUAUUUUCAAGUAUUCUAUAAAAAGUUGUAUUGUGACAGUAAAUGGAUUUUAAGGACAGUUACCAAGGAGGUUGAAACUCGGGCACAAAGAAGAGCUAGGGUCCACAAGAUACGACUGGAAGAGGGUGCAAAAAAGGUUGCUGAAGAGCUUAAGAAAUAUGGUCCAAAUAAUGACCCUAAUGUUACUGGAGAUCCAUACAAGACACCUUUUGUAGCUAGACUUAACUAUGAGACGACUGAAAACAGAAAUGAGGCAUAUGGUCCUAUCAAGAGGGUAGGUAUUACGACCCAUUGUGGGGCUCAAGUUUCUGAAAUUGGGUUGGUAAGGUGAAGUUUUAUGGUCGGAUAGCAUUGCUGUUCCAUAAAUUUUAUGCAAAGUUCCUAUUUUAUUACUCAUCCCAAGUCAUAUGUUUUCUGGUGUGUCCUAUAUUCUAAUUUCUCUAAAAUGUAUCACCAUGUUUUAUUUUUCCAAACCUUAUUUUAU